AUGGCUGUCUCGGGACUGCGGCAGACCAUCGCACUAGGACUGCUCGUGUUAAUCCUGACCUGCCACGCAGAGGACAAACCCAGUGAUAACUCGGAAGACAAACAAGACAACAAACCAGAUGACUCAGGAAAAGACCAAGAUUUCCCCAAAUUCCUAAGCAUCCUGGGCACAGAAAUCAUUGAAAAUGCACUGGACUUCGUCUUACGGUCCAUGCAUAUUGCUGCUCCUAAGCUUCAUACACAAGGACAUGAAGGCUCAGGAAGCAUCGUGACCACGGCCUUGAUCGGGGUGGAGGACACCACUGAAACUCAAGAAGCCUGGCUGCACUCGGUGCUCUACUUCUGA